GAACGCCCGUGGGUUGCGGGUCAGGCUCGCCUCGUCCGCGCCCCUGCGUCCCGCGUAGCACUCAGAAUGAGCGAGGAGAGAAACCUGAUCCCCCCACUGCCGCGCGCCCCUUCCCGGGUCCAUGGGCCUGGCCUGGCCUGACCUAUUAGCGGGAUUGGACACCUUGACCAGUCUCUCGAAACAGUUUCCUCACUUGACUUCACAGCUCUCCUACCUCUUUAGCCAGUCCGUCUCGAGCUGCUGUAAGGUCCCUCCUGGCUUCCCCAGUCUCUACAAUGUUGGAGCGUCCAGGACUCUGCCCUGGGACCUCUGGUCUAGCUGCACUCACCUCCUGGGUGACAGUUUGUCAUCCAGUCUCAUGGCAUUUAAAUGCUGUAUCCUGAUCACUUACAAAUUUAUACCCCCAACCCGGACCUCUCCCCCAGGCUCUAGACACAGCCUGAUGCCUUCUUGCAACUUUGGAAUGUCUCUGAAGGCAAAACCCAAGCUUUAUCCCCCAACACAGGUCUUCCCAUUGCAGCAAAUAACUCCUCUUUGUAAUCAGUCAUUCUUGACUCUCUUUCCGAACCAACAUGCCCUUGUUUUGCAAUAUAUCCGUCCUCUAGCCGCCUCUCACCACAGCUAUCUAAGGCCGGGCCCAGCCACUGUACUUCUCCCGGAAAGCUCCUUACCUUUCAUGGGUGCCAUCUCCAAAUGUAGAUAGAAUGUAUAGUCAUCUAUGACAUACUUUGACAAGUCUUCUCUUUAUAGUGUGGUUGGCUGGUCCAUGCAGCUUAAUUAUUUCCAGGGCAUUUACAUCAUAUUCUGUUACAGUUCUUACCAGUCUUACCUUUAUUUGUUUAGGGCUCCCAGACGUGAGUUCUUUAAAGAGAGCAACUCUUUCACUCCCAUAUUUGUGUCUCCACAUCCUAGCCUGGUCAGGGAAUGCUUUCUUGAUUGCAUAAAGGGUCUGGGCAAGUCUGUUGUCUGUUACUUUAUACUGAAAGAGCUACCUGCAGACAAAGCCCAACCCACAAGCCACAAAAUUAUUUUAAAAAGAAACAAAGCCAUAGUAAACUUAUAUUUUGUGAUCAAUGUGUUUGAAAAAUAGGUGAGACAUGCAGCCUUUUAUACUCAGUACAAGUAAGGAGCAAGAGAAUGGGGAAUUACCUGUCUGUUGCUAAAAGGAAUGAAUGGAUACAGUGAUAGUGUUUUGCAAAAUAAAUCAUCGCCAGUUUGUCUUUUAAUAAAUUCUCAUAGUUUGAGUUUGCUUAAGGAUAAUGUAUAUCUGCCUAUAUUAAAUAAUAAUAUACCUUACCUUUUUACAUUUAAAAAAUUGGCAGUUUGAAGUAAAAAAAAAAAAAAAAGUAUUCUAAUUUAUUGAAUCAUGAGUUUCAUUUGUAUAAUUUUAGAUGCUAAAAGCACUUUUGAAGAAACAUGCCCAUACUGUUUCCAGUUGCUGAUUCUGGAUAAUUCUCGAGUACGCCUCAAACCCAAGUCCAAACUGACACCAAGAAUACAGAAACUUCUUAAUCGAGAAGCAAGAAAUUGUACACUCAGUUUUAAAGAAGCAAAAAUUGUGAAAAAGUACAAAGACUCCAAAAGUGUACUGUUGAUUACUUGUAAAACAUGCAACAAAACAGUGAAACAUCUUGGAAAGAGCAGAAGCUUUCUGUCAGCACUGAGGAGCAAUCCUGCCACUCCUGCGAGGAAACUCGGCCUGAAGACCCCAGAGAGAAAGUCUCUAGGUUCUGCAAACCUAAAUCACAGGGUGUCUGGUUCCAAAGGCAAGAGCCCAGCGUUGACUUUCAGAACACCUACAUCUGGACACUCAACACCCACUUGCUCCUCAAAAAAUGUGAACAAAACAAAGAAACACUUCUCUCAACUAAAAAUGUUACUUAGCCAGAGUGAAUCCAAAAAGAAUUCAAAGGUGGACUUCAGAAAUUUCUUAUCUUCUUUGUAAAGGAUGGACUUAUGGAAAUAAGAAAUGUUUAAUGCAAUUUCUGAAACUAAAGUUACCAGAAAAACAGCUUUUUAAAAACUAGGGUCUAAAAGCAAACUUUUCUUGGCAGUAUUUUAUAUUUAUGGAGAAAAUACGUCAUUAGAAUGAAUAACUAAAACCUGCCUAUCUCCCAGGGUGAUUCUGAGAAUCAAAAACAUAUGGAAGAUCCUUGUAGGUAAUUAAAAAAAUAUAUAUGUUUAUUGAUUUUAGAGAGGAAGGGAGAGGGAGAGAAACAUCAA